CCCGCCCGGCCCCUCCCGCCGCUCGCGCCGCUCAGGCAUAUAGGAAGUCAUCCUGUGAGAUGAGAAGAGAAGGGGACCAGCUGUUAGCCUUGCCAGGGCCAUGUCCUUGCAGCUGUGGUGGAAUCCUCCUUGUGCCACCAGUAGGGCCAGGAGCAGGCUGACCUGAGCAGCGGCAGAACGUGAGUCAGGUUCAACUUGCUCUUCAUCCAUGUGAAGAUCUGUUGGAAUCACCUUCUAGAAAGCCAAGAGUUUUCAGUCUCCUAAUAUAUUCUGUUGUGUCCAAGAACAGCUUGCACAAAUGAGCAAGACAUCCCAACAGAACACCACCACAGAUGCGAGCGGAGUAAGUGUGAUUCACACUCAAGCACACUCCAGUGGCCUGCAGCAGGUUCCCCAGCUGGUGCCAGUUAGUCCUGGUGGUGGAGGCAAAGCUGUGCCUCCGAGCAAACAGGGAAAGAAGAGUUCCUUUGUGGAUAGAAACAGUGAUGAGUACCGUCAGCGCAGAGAGAGGAACAACAUGGCAGUGAAAAAGAGCCGCUUAAAGAGCAAGCAGAAGGCACAGGACACACUGCAAAGGGUCAACCAGCUUAAAGAAGAAAAUGAACGUUUAGAGGCAAAAAUUAAACUCCUGACCAAGGAGCUGAGCGUACUGAAAGACUUGUUCCUUGAGCAUGCCCACAAUUUUGCAGAUAAUGUGCAACCUGUUGGCACUGAGACCACCACAACAAAUCCAGAGAACAGUGGACAGUAGACACCUGCGACCUUAUGAAAAAACUUUUGAGCUGCAGCUUGUCUGCAGUGCCCAUGCAGUAACCCAGCAAAAACUGUACCUUUAGUCAUUGUUUUGUGGAGAUUUUCUUCUUGUAAAUUUAACACCUGCAGUGCCCAUGCAGUAACCCAGCAAAAACUGUACCUUUAGUCAUUGUUUUGUGGAGAUUUUCUUCUUGUAAAUUUAACACUGAAGAUUUGUAACAAUUAAACCAGAAACUGGUUAGGGUGUUUUAAAUAUUUUUCUCCUCAAAGAUUUAUGCAGAUCUGAACUCCUAGCCAACAAGGAAUGUAAUAUUUAGGAGAUAACGUUUUCACUGGAAUAUUUAGUUACCAUUUUAGAGUCACAUAAUGGGAGGAAUCCAGCAGGAUGGCUCACUGUAAUAUCAGAAGCUUGUAAUUGGAUAGAACAUCUUUAAAUACCUGUUAACAUAUUUUAGCCCUCUGUUUUUCUCCAUUACAUAUUACAAACUGCAAAGACUGUGGAGAAUUUUUGCUUUGUACUUUAAAUCUGUAGAAUUGAAGUCCUUUGAAGCACCACAUAGGUCCCUCCUGUCCAGUUACAGUUGAUGGGGAGGUUGUAGUGAUAAUGAGCUGGGAUGCUUACCAGUGUUCACCAGAAAAACAACAAUGUGCUCCGACAACAUAUCCAGGCAGUUGGCCUCCAAAUGGCACAUGAAGCAUCCUGUACAAGAGGCAAAGCAGCACACUGACAAAGCCUUUUAUUUAAGCUUGUAUUUCAUACUGCUCACAUAGUGACUGGGGCCUUAUGAGAACAAGUUUGUUUUCAGAAAAUUUCAAAAUGCUACCAAAAAACUGUGCCCUGCAAAAUUGCGUUCUUGCUGGGAGGGAGAUGUAUUGGAGAGAACAAAAAGUGCAGCUUGGCUUAGCAGUGGAAGGGGCAGGACAGCAGGUGUUCAGCUGGGAUGUAUGGAUCACUACUGGCUGACGUUAAUCUUAUAGAAAUUUACAGUGAUUUUAAAAAUAAAUGGCCCUAGUUACUGAUUAGAUGAAAUUUCUACAGCCAUCAUACAUCUGUGUGAAGGAAUAUCUUUAGUCUUGUUUUAUUUCCAUAGAAGUUUUUCUGUAGCAACCAUUUUAUUGCUACUGCUUAGUCUUUGCCAUGUUCCAUAAUACAGUGCUAUGUGCUAUACUGAGGAUUUAAACAAAGUAAAGCAGGAACUUUGAUGUAACUUUAAUUUAUUUUAAUUUUUAAAUAUUUCAUUGAUGGUAUGGUUAUUUUACAUUUAACCUGUGUGUCUGUCUUGUAGAUUACUACACUGUAUUAAUUUCCCUCUUCCACUACCUUUGUCCAUAGAUUAAUUUGGAGGAUGCUUAUUUGCUUUGUAUCAACACUUAGGAAAAAAACUUGGAUGUUAUCUCUAUGAAGAUAUUGUUAGAGAAUGAAACCUUGAAAAGUUCUUUUUUGAAUUUAAACUUUUAAUACAUGUGGAAAACUUUUAUGGAUUGUUUUGGAUUAUGUUAGACUUUUUAAUAUGUUUUUUUUCAUUCUAACUGCAUCGGAAGUUGGUAGGGUUGAAAUACCAGAAGCUAAUAAAAAUGUUUUGCUUGUAGUA